AACAGCUGGCAACGAGAGAGAAAGAUCUUGGAAAGGGCUUCAUCACCACACAUACAUGUACAUGUACUCGACUCCGAUAACGAUAACAGUAUCUUUGUAUCUUUCCUUCUCUCUUAAAAGAUACUAGUAGCUAGCUGGUAACAUGAACCGCAGCGACGUGAUUGGUGGCUCAGCGGUAGCCUUAACGGAGGCUCUACCGUUUGUGGCUGGAAUACCUCGAGUGUAUCUCGUGUCGGAUGCGAUCGAUACCAAUGGACGCUUCUUGCUCUACACCUUGGCGUCCCAAGUCUUGUCGUCUGCUUCCAACAACAGUAAUGAUAAGAAGAAGGGUCGAGUGCUAUGGUUGGGAUGCGGUCCUCUGACGCAGGAACAAAUCCUUCAAGGACUUCGCAAAAUUGGAUGCGAUCGAAGUGUCUUGGCGACAUCUACCCAAGCCAAUCAUAAGGAGCCAAAAUCAUUGACCAUUCGCAGUCUGUGCGUCGAAUUAUCCCACAAGAUGCUGCUGCAAGAUGACAGCCAUCAAGAUAUUAACAAAGUCUUCAUGAAAGAAAUGAUGCAGUUUGUGGAUCAAUGGCUACUUCUAGACAAUAACAGCAACAAUGAAAUGGGCACUCCUUGGAUCAUCCUAGAUGAUGUUUCGACAUUGGCAAACCUCGUGGGAGAGCAGCUCGUGUACCAAUUCAUUUUACAGUUAUGUGCCAAGAGUCAUGCUGGUGGUGAUGGGGUAACAAUGUCAACAUCUCCCGGAGUGAUACUGCGAUGUUCCAACGAUCAGGAAGAUGAAUCCUUACCAGUAUAUUCGGGAGCCUCCCUGAAAGGGCAUCAGGCUUGGUUUGGAGCUGGGGGCGCUAAUAAUAGUACUCAACAACAACAACAAGCAAUCCACAGUGAGGAACCUCCCUGGGAACGAUCACUGGUGGAACUGGCAGACGGUGUCAUGGAUGUGCUGCCGUUGGCCAGUGGAUACACAAGAGAGUUACAUGGCCGCAUUGUCCUCACCGAAAUGCCAUUUGGGAGGGGAUGGAAACACAACAACAAGCAGCAAUCUGAUGCCGCCGCAAUAAGGAAUACGCACUCCAAAAAAGCAUAUCCUGCCAUGCAGAUUGUCAAUUACUGCAUCACGGAUCAAAACCCAAAGAUUGUGGCGUACAUCAUGUGAGACGUUCGUACGGUACUGUACGUGCUCUCGUUGUGAAGAGGUUGGGGAGAGUUUGGUUUUCAAGUGUGGAACUACAAUAGAUUGGGUUGGGAUCCUGAAUGGAAACGGUCCGACAGGGUCCAGUCUCAUUCGAAAAACCUGACUAAUCGACAACCACGGCGUUGGCGGGGUGGGGAACAAUUUGCGUCUUACCCACCGUGUUAGUGACAGAAUCAUGAUGUUGGUGGUACAAAGGUUUGCCUUGGUGGAUACUAGUAGGUAGUGCAAGGUCCUGGUCUUGGUUUCUCGUGUUGGACUUGUAAUCGAAGCCAGCUGGUGUCGGGUUACUACCGGUACAGGGCCGGAUUGUAUCAUUUUUUUGGAACAAUUGACAGGUGCAGACACUUAUUUGGGGCCAGGUUUGUUUUGUGAGUGUUUCAAGCACAACGGUAGCUCAUUCGAGGAGAUACUCAUGUAUACAUACACCGUAGGCAUCCUAGCUAGCUUUAUCCUUCAAUCCACACGCCACGAAGAAAAUAUGUCGCGUCUAUCUUACAGAAACUUUCUUCAUGCAUUGCUUGGAGUCCUAGCUAGCUAGAGAGGCCACGUUUCGUAUGGUCCUUCCCAGCUUCCCGGUCAUCAGCAAGGAGACUGCAAAUUUAUUUGUCUUUCGACUUUCGGGGUAGCAAAAGUGGUGCUUUGUGGAUCAAAUGUGCCAUCGAUGUUUCUACCGGUAUCGUACGGAAUCUUCAACUGACGUCAUCCAACGGCAGGGGUUGAUCGGAGGGUCCCGAAGGAGCUCCAACAAAUCAGCCGCAAACACUCAGCGCAUCGAUCUUGAUGCAAAACGAAGACAACGAUCGU